AAGCCAGUUUCCUUUACGCGUAGCACUGGUAUGAAGUUGUUUCGUGGUUCGGGAGGCAAACAAAGAAAUAUAUGCAACAAAAAGGGAGCAACGAGUAGCAGUAGUGGUCGUAAAUCUCGCAGUGGUGCAACAAAUUAUACAGAAAGAAAAAAGAAAAGCUACACGAAUGCAGGCAAAUGUCAACAAGCGAUCUACUUACAACGUAAACAUGCAUCUAACUUUAAGCACCCGUUCAAGCAAGUGGACCAUGUACUCGUCGACAGCUGCAUUUUUAUUGACCCUUCUUAUGCCUACUGUACUGUCAGAUGAUUAUGUUGUCGUCAGCACAGCGGAAGGAAAAGUCCGUGGCCUACGCGAAAAUGUUCUUGGAAGAGACGUAGACGUAUUCCUCGGAAUUCCGUUCGCUGCUCCCCCCGUCGAAGAACUGCGAUUCCUGAAGCCUCAGCCGGUACAGCCAUGGGAAGGUGUUUACGACGCAACAACCGCCAAAGAUUCCUGCAUGCAACCGAGGGUUCCCUGGAUUUUCGAUAUCCCCACAGAUCUCUCCGAGGACUGCCUACAUCUAAACGUGUGGGCACCGCAUGCAUCAAAUGCAAUGAACCUGCCUGUCUUAGUGUGGUUUUACGGCGGAAUUUUCAAACUAGGCUCGGCGUAUGAGACCCGGUACAAUGCUGCCCCAUUGACCGCACUUAACAAUGUGGUUGUCGUGUCCUGUAAUUUUCGCUCAGGAAUGUUGGGUUUUUCGACGCCAACCACUGAAGGGGCUCCAGGAAACGUCGGCCUGUGGGACCAGCUGAUGGUGAUGGAAUGGGUUCAGCGAAACAUCAGAACUUUUGGAGGAGAUCCCGAACUUGUGACACUGUUCGGCGAGAGCUCCGGUUCUAUGGCUAUCCACCUGCACCUCAUGUCACCCUUUAGCGCUGGUCUAUUUCACCGAGCGUUCUUUAUGAGCGGCACUGAAAGCACAGAUAUGGACAUUGACUCAAUUGCCGAAAGCAUGCAAACUGGUAAUGAUGUUGCCGAAGUGCUCGGCUGUGCGAAUCAUUUACAGAACCUGACCACCAGUCCGGAUGAAGUGCUGCAGUGCCUUCGAAAGUCAUCUGCCAGUGACAUCACUGAAGCUACAGAAAAUGUCACGUCGCCGAAUAUGUUUGCAUUUCUGCCCACCUUCAGCACUGAAUUUGUGCCCUAUAUGCCUUCUUUAGCUACCGAAAAGGGCUUUUUUCGUGUCGUAGAUGCGAUGGUUUCAGUAGUAGAGAAUGAAGGCGUGUUUGCCUUCGUUAUGCAACCCGACAAGAAGCUCUUGCAGGACGACCUUUCGGGGUACGAUUGGGAGGAAUUCAUACCAGCCAUCAUUGCUGUGCUAGGAGAAUUUGUCAAAAGCAGUAUUUUCCCUGUGGGGCUCCAGUACUUGGAAAAUUCACGAGUGACAGACAAGGCAGCGUUUAGGCAGGAAGCGGCAGACUUUGUCGGAAAGUGUCACUUUUACUGUUCCAGCAGGGUGUUUGUUGAAAAUUACUCGGCGAGAAAUGGUCAAGUUUACGGCAUGGUAUUCUCACAUCGAUCUCAGAAGUCGACAGCUUCCAAAUGGACUAAAGUGAUACAUAUGCAGGAGAUUCCAUACUUCUUUGGAAUACCCCUCUUGGACUUCGUCAAUUACGAUGAAGAAGACCGACAGGUUAGCGCAGAGGCCAUGAGGAUGCUGGCUUCAUUUGCUCAGAACGGCAUGCAGGAUAGCAAGAAAAGCCCAAGCAUAUGGAAGGAUCCACUCUUCGUAGUUGUUAUCUUUCUACUGGCCUUGCCGCUGGGUGGCGUCGUAGUAUCCACCAGGGAAGGAAAGGUGCGCGGCACGACAAUAACUGUCCUCGGAAAGCAAAUUGAUGUGUUCUUCGGAAUUCCGUACGCGUUGCCACCUACCGGAGAGCUCCGUUUCCGCAAACCAGUGCCCCAGCCACCGUGGGGGAAAACCUACAACGCGACCAGCGUUAAGGCCUCCUGCAUGCAGCCUCGCGUUCCCUACAUCUUUUACAUACCAACGCCGCUGUCGGAAGACUGCCUGUACUUGAACGUGUGGACACCGAAACCAUCGAGACAGACGAAGCUUCCCGUCUUGCUGUGGUUUUUCGGCGGGACUUUCUUGGUUGGCUCGGCUUACGAGACAAGAUACGACGGGGCCGCAUUACCCGCCCUCAACGAUGUCGUUGUCGUUUCUUGCAACUUCAGAUCUGGAAUGUUCGGUUUCCUAGACGCGAGCAAUGAGGGGGCGCCAGGAAAUAUGGCACUGUGGGACCAGCUUCUCGUCAUGAAGUGGGUUCGGCGAAACAUCGCAGCGUUCGGAGGUGAUCCGGACCUCGUCACAGCAGUCGGCGAAAGUUCUGGAGCCAUGGACAUUCACCUUCACCUCAUGUCGCCACACGCUGGUGGACUGUUCCGGCGGAUGUUUUCUAUGAGUGGGACGGAAACGAGUAAUUCAAACGUCGACUCGGUUUUCGAAAGUAUAAAACGGGGAAACUCAAUUGCUGCGUUACUUGGGUGCGCGGAUGUCUUCCAAGACCUGACAACGCACCCGGAAAAGGUUUUGGAUUGCCUACGAAGCAAGCCAGCCCAGGAUAUCGUCGACGCUACAAAAAACGCGACCGCUCCUUGUAUGUUGGCCUUCUUUCCCACGUUCAACACCGAGUACAUACCCUACCUGCCGUCAAUUGCUUCGGAAAAAGGCCUGUUUAGAGUGGUGGAUGUGGUGCUUUCCGUCUUGGCGAAUGAAGGUGGCUUUUUCUUUGACAUGCAGACCGAUAGAGAGCUGCUGCAAGACGACCUGAGCGACUACGAAUACCCCGCUUUAAUCGAUGCGUUAUACGAUACCUUUCGGAUGUGGCUCAAGAAAAAAAUCGUUCCUUUAGGAAUAUCUUACUUAAACAACAGCAAUUCUUCGAGCAAGGCGGAAAUGAGGCAAACAACGGCGGAUUUCAUCGCCAAGCAUAACUUUUACUGCCCCACUAAGUUCUACGCUGAAGACAACUCGGCCUAUGGCGGCAACGUGUACGGCAUGGUGUUCGGUCAUCGCUCUCAAAAGUCAACCGAGCCUGAGUGGGUUGACGUGCGGCAUAUGGAAGAGAUACCGUACUUUUUUGGGAUCCCGUAUCUAAAUACCGUUAACUACACCGAUGAGGACCGGCGAGUGAGCGACUACGCCAUGGAAGUGUUGGUGUCAUUUGCUCGGGAUGGGAAACCUACGUCACCUGAUGGGCUAGAGUGGACAGCGUAUUCAGCAGAGCAGCCGAAGUUUAUGUGGCUGCAACCGGGGAAUUACAGCCUUGUGGACUACAUGCAAGGGGGUGCAUGCGCUUUGUGGCGUAACUUUUAGCACUCGAGUAUCGCUGUGCCUAAACACGAUGCUAUAAGGUACUAAUAACCACAAAUAGAUUUCUGAAUAGAAACAAUAAAAAGUAAUAGACAGU